GCACAACGCUGCCGCCACCGCCACCGCCGACGCGUGCUGACGCCGCUGGCUUCAGUUACAUUUCAACAGAGCUCGUCACUGGUCUGCUCUACAUUAUUGUGCUAUUGAUAUUCUUUUUAUUAUAUUAACAGGGAAAAUAUUUUAAAACAGAGUACGAUGGGUUUCCUGGAGGACCGGGACUUGAGCGCGGUGCCGCAGAUCCCCGAAUACUAUAAGGGGAAGACGCUCUUCAUUACCGGAGGCUCUGGCUUCAUGGGUAAGGUGCUGGUAGAGAAAUUGCUGUACUCCUGCUCGGAACUGGACAGGAUCUACCUGCUGCUCAGGACCAAGAAAAACGUCAAGUCAGAGGACAGGCUGCAAGAAAUCUACUCAUCGCCUUGUUUCGAUCGUCUGAGACAGGAGAGGCCCGGCUUAUACGAGUCCAAAGUGUUCGCUGUCUCCGGCGAUGCCAGUGAAAUAGGAUUAGGUUUAUCUGUAGAAGAUAGAGCUCUACUGGUGAAUCGCGUUAAUAUAAUAUUCCACGUUGCAGCUAGCGUAAGAUUUGAUGACCCCCUGGAAGUUGCGGCGCGUUUAAAUCUUCGAGGCACGAGAGAAGUCGUGGAACUGGCAAAGGAAGUCAGGUUUUUAGAGGUGUUGUUGCACGUAUCCACAUCGUACGCGAACACCAACCGCGACCCUAUAGAGGAGGUGGUGUACCCGCCGCUGGCUGACUGGCGCGACACCCUGCAAGUCUGCGAGGAGACCGACCACUACACACUGAAGGUUCUCACACCCAAAUAUCUCGGGGAGCUGCCCAACACGUACACUUUCACAAAACAGCUGGCCGAGCACGUGGUUUACGAGCAGAGAGGACACCUGCCCGCCGUCAUCAUGCGACCCUCUAUAGUAAUAUCAAGCCACCGAGAACCGAUGCCGGGCUGGAUCGAGAACUUUAAUGGUCCGGUCGGGAUUUUUGUCGCUAGCGGAAAAGGAAUACUGCGUAGUGUGUACUCGGAUCCCGACUUGGUGUCUGAUUACAUGCCCGUUGACGUAGCGAUAAAGGCCUUCAUAGCUGCUGCGUGGGCCAGGGGUACCAAACCGUUGGAUCCAUCGGAUGACAUCCCGGUGUACAACUGCUGCGCGGGUGACCUCAACAAAAUCACAAUCGGCGCGCUGAUCGAUCUGGGCCGCAAGGUGGUGGUCGACAUGCCUCUCAACGAUGCGCUGUGGCCGGCCGGCGGCUCCAUCACCACAUACAAAACUGUCUACUACAUCAAGGUGCUACUCGUACACCUGCUGCCUGCGCUUUUCAUUGAUUUCAUUUUAAGGAUUGCGGGGAAGCAGCCUAUGUUAGUUAAAAUCCAACGCCGUAUCUACAUAGCUAACAUUGCACUUCGUUACUACAUAACGCAGCAAUGGACGUUCAGCAACAAUAACUUUGUAAAAUUGCGGAGUAGCCUGAAGGAAGCAGAUAAGGAAGACUUCUACUACGAGUUGGAGGGCAUCGAUAAAGUAGAGUUCUUUAAACACAGCUGCAUGGGUGGUAGGAAGUAUCUGCUUAAAGAGAAGGAUGAAGAUCUGCCGAAGGCCAAAGCACAUUAUCAGAGGAUCCUCAUCCUGGACAUCGUGGUGAAGUGCUUGUUCUAUGGACUUAUCUUGUGGCGGCUGCUGCACACAGCCUUCGUUCAAGAUCUGCUGCAUUCACUUUAUACUUUCAUAUUUAACUGAUAAUAUCUAAUGUUUCUUAUCUUUAAAUAGUAAAAUAUUUAAUA